UCUUCCUCUGUGUUGCCAUCACCAUUGUGCAAGGACUAUGCUGAUGAAGGAGUACCGCAUCUGCAUGCCUCUCACGGUGGAGGAGUACCGGAUUGGCCAGCUGUAUAUGAUCAGUAAACACAGUCAUGAACAGAGUGAACGUGGGGAGGGGGUGGAGGUGGUCCAGAAUGAGCCGUACGAGGACCCUGAGCACGGAUCAGGCCAGUUCACCGAGAAACGAAUCUACCUUAACAACAAGCUGCCCAGUUGGGCCAGAGCAGUGGUCCCUAAAAUUUUCUAUGUCACAGAGAAGGCUUGGAACUAUUACCCGUACACUAUCACAGAGUACACAUGCUCCUUCCUGCCCAAGUUUUCCAUCCACAUAGAAUCCAAAUACGAGGACAACAAAGGCAGCAAUGAUAAUAUCUUUGGCAGCGAGUCCAGAGACGAGGAAACGGAGGUGUGGUUCGUGGACAUCGCCUAUGAUGAGAUCCCUGAACGGCAUUACAAGGAGUCAGAGGACCUGCGGUAUUUUAAGUCAAAGAAGACUAACCGAGGCGUCCUGCAGGAAGGAUGGAUCAACAACCAAGACCCCAUCAUGUGCUCCUACAAACUUGUCACAGUCAAGUUUGAAGUCUGGGGCCUGCAAACGCGUGUGGAGCAGUUUGUACACAAGGUGAUUCGUGAUGUCCUGCUUUUAGGACACCGGCAGGCCUUUGCCUGGGUGGACGAGUGGAUUGACAUGACCAUGGAGGAAGUCAGGGAGUAUGAACGUGCCACACAAGAAGCCACUAACCUGAAGAUUGGUACCUUCCCUCCUGCCAUCACCAUCUCAGAGACCCCCCUGCCAUCCAGCACCCGCAGUGGCCCUAACAGUGCCCCGUCCACUCCCCUCUCCACAGAAGCCCCUGAGUUCCUGUCAGUGCCAAAGGACCGCCCCAGGAAGAAGUCAGCUCCGGAGACCUUGACCCUGCCGGAUCCGGGCCGUAGGGAUUCAAUCUUCAAACUGCCCAGCUUUUUCUCCUGGAACUCCAGUCCGCAGCCAGAAUGAGAGCAGGGCUGUGCCACUGGUGAACGCCCUCGACCUGUGGAUCAGCGGAGGAUGCCUGCCCAGCACAUCCCACAAUGCCCCCUCAGCCAGCUGACGUGAAGGAGACUUCUCACUGUCCUGGUGAUCCCAGCCCCCCUCAGCAGACUCGCCGGUGUUACAGCAAAGCCAACAGCUCUCAGACUGCUUUUACAGGUACAGACAGGCAGCCUGAUCUCCACAGCAAACAGUACUGCAAAGUGUAAAGGUAUAGAGCAUCCAAUUGAGAGUCUAACAAAAAGCCGCUGGAGGCUCCGCAUUCUUUUCUCCUCCUCAGAAAACCGACAGCCAGCACCAUGCAUCAGACAGUAUGGAGUCAUAUUAGUCAGACUGAGUGUAGCGUACAUUCCUGAAAUUGUUUUUCCCCACAGAGUAUCACUUUACUUUAAUCAAAGCUCAGGGUGUGUUGACAAGAUAUGUUAAGAUUCAGUCACUGCACAUUAACGUUACAUGUACAGAGUUUGUUUUUAUUUCCGCUUUACCUUUUGAGCAUCGGAGUCUCUGGCUGUGUUAACUGGAGCUUGUGGUUUGACGUACAUAUUUAUGUGGUUGGGACUUUUUGACAGAUUCUUGUUGGCCGCUGCGUCAGUUGAGUGAUCGGGUUUUCACAGUCAGGUAAUUGUGUAUUAUUGUAUAUACUGUAUGAACAUUAUUUAACCGGUAAAAUGCCAGUACUUUUAAAAGAAUAUCAUAUCCAGUGAUGAUGCUGCUAUGAAAUUGCUCGUGUGUAUUUUAAAGGACAGGACUCUCUGUCUCUUUCAAGUGUGUGUUUGUUAUAGUGAAUGCUCUCAGCCACCAUGUCUGUAAAUGACUUCUGUAAUCGCAUGAUUUUGACUCCCGAGGCUGCUUUUAAAUAAUAGUGAAUUAAAUGUUCUCUGUUUUCUUUGUUAUCUGGGCCCGAUACUUGAUGUUGUGUUUUAACUGAGUUUUUACAGACUGGGUCCUAUGGUUUGCAUGUUGUUCUGCUGCUUUAUUAAUUUCAACUGUACCGUUUUUUGUCAUACUGUUGAUGGGUUUUGUAUUCAGUAAAUUAAAUUAAAUUAAAUUC